AUGGAGUUGUUGCUGAGAAGAACUUGUUGUGCCAGACCAGACAGUGUUUUUGAAGACCCAGGUAGUUUUGACCAUAGUGACAAUGUAUAUGAGGACCCCAUUCUAAAGAUUUUUAAGGCCAACAGUGUCAGUGAUGAAUACUUAGAUAGUGCUUUAAAAGACUUGGGUGACAAUGCGUUUGAAAAUACUGAUCAUCUUACAGAUGGAUCUAAUAGUGUUUUUGAGGAAUCCUUUGAUAGUGAUGAAUUGGUUGAUUUGGGUGCCGUUGAUGAAGUAGUUCGUAAUGCCAUUGCCCUGGCUAGUCCCAACUAUAAUAUCAGUAAAUGGUUAAUGGAUGACCCUCAAUCUGCUGGAAGAACAUCCGUUCAGGGAGGGCAGAGUGCUCACGGGGGUCAAGGCCAUGUACCAGCAACCAAUCAUAUGUCAGCAGUCAACGAAAGGAUUACAUCAACUGCAAGCCAGUUGGCUCAAUCUGCCAAUCAGUAUGCAGCUCCUGCAAACCAAUUUGCUGCUGACUUUUCCCAAUCAGCUGCACCUCAACUCUAUACUAGCUCUCCAAUCCAACAAGGCCCACCAAUAGCUAAAUCUCGCACCUCCCAGAUGCCAAAAGAACGCCUCCCCCGGCCAGAAGGUGUUUUCGAGCCCAUUGAGGCUAGACAGGCUGAACAAUCUUUCCAAUCAGCAAUGAGUCCUAUUAAACCUCCCCGUUCUGCUGGAGAUAAAAGAUUGUUAGUCAAAGUUAUAAAAGCAAGUGGACUCGGCCCAAAGGAGACUGGCCAAGUUGAACCUGUUUGUCUGUUAUUAUUAGAUGAUCCUGUACAAAACUACAGUACAAGUGCCGUUAAAAAUACUAUAAAUCCUUUCUGGGAUGAACAUUUUCUUUUUGAUGUAACGAAUGAAACAAGAGAAUUAAGAUUAGAAGUUUAUGAUAGAGCAAAAGCUCCCGGUGAAGAGUUUAUAGGAGAAUCUGUUAUAUUUAUUGAUGAUUUAAGAAAGACACCCAGUACUAGACAAAUUCUAGCUCUACAGAGUAAACCUGGUUAUGUUGAUAGUUCUUGUGGAUCUUUAACAGUUGAGUUUUUGUUUAUGGAUCCUUCUGAAGCUGAUUUAUUAUUAGAUAUAUCUGCUGCAGCAAGUAAUCAGAUCUCACCGAAACGACGUAUAGAAACCGGACGAACAAUCACACCAGGUGGCACUGUAGUUACCACGACAACCACUACCACAGAGAAAUCGCCAUUUGCCUCUCAAGAUCCUGGAUUAGAUGGCUCACCCCACCUUGUUCAAAAGCAUCAUGUGAAUGCUGAUUACUCCAGUUCAGAAUGUAGUGGUGGUAGAACAUCUCCCUUUGUUUUAACCAACGACAACAGUUCUAUGUCUGCAUCAUCAGGUAAUAUCAACAUAUUAACUGUGUUUCCACCAGACAAAUUGCUGAAAGAUCUUGAGUCGUAUUAUUAA